GAGUCAUUUAGGAGUCGGACAUCGGUUAGCGCAUUCGGGGGGGAAACGUCAAAAUGGGAGAAGUGGCAAUACAAGUUUACAAGUCUCAAAUGCAUCCUUCUAGCCAGGCCGCUUAAGCAUGUCCACAGAUGACAGCAUCUCUGAGGACGUGUCCAGCUCCGUGGCUCUGAGCCAUGACCACACUAGUGCCAGUGGUGGGAAGGAGAGUGAGGCCUCCAUCGUCUCCUCCGAGGACACCGUGUCGGGCCUGGCUAUUCCUGAGAAGGAGCGCCCUGCAGCCCGCCAAGUGCAGACCCUGGAGGGUCUCCUCCAGGCCGCUGAAGGGGCUGUGAAAAGUCGACCCUCAGGCACACCAGCAUGCAACAUUUCCCACAAAAUAAGGAAUCUGUGUCUUCGCACCGAAGAGGAGUUCAGCUCAGGGAGAAGCCUGCCCUUCAUCAACCCCAGUUCUUUGGAGACACUCCGUGCCCUGGUGCAUGAGAUCCAGAGCAGUGGAGAGACGGACCCUGAGAUCUGGAAGAACUGUGAGGGUAGAUGGCUGCAUCUCUUUCAGCUGGUGGAAAAGCAAUAUCAAGAACAAAUUCUUGCUCAGCAAGAACAGUAUCAGUGCCAAAUACAGCUCAUCCAGGAUGAGAUUAAAGCAUUAGUGCAGCUACAGAACCGGCAAAGCGGUGCACAGACACACCCCUCAGACUCGUCCCCAUGUGAGGCCAAGGUUUCAGAGCCUCUGGUGAACUUAACGAACGAGAGCCAAACUUUUACCCUAGCUCCGGGACAUCUGUGUCCCCAGCAGCUCACAGUCAAUCCACAAGAAAGUUCGGAUGAAGGGCUGGUGACUGUCCUGAGCAGCGGCUAUGGUACGCUUUCUGCCUGGGAGGCUGGACUGGAACCAGGUGCGACUGAGGGGAAGGAUGAGGCUCCUUGGUCCCCCAAACAGCUGGACUGCAGCCUUCAACAUUUGCCCUUAGUUGAAACCAGCCUGCAUGGGCAGGAUAGUGUACCGAGCAGAAUAUUACCUCCCAAUAAUGCACCUCACACAACUGCCUCAACUGUGCCAAGUCCCUCUGCUGACAAGCAGAGACUAAACAGUCAACCACUGACCUCCUGGGCUCAGAAGCAAAAACACAGGCAAAGGAAAAGCAAACAGUCACAAAACAGAUCACCGCAGAUGGAGAGGAGAGAGGAGAGCAGGCCAGGUGGUCCUCCCAAGGAACAUAAGGACAAUAUGGAUGAUCCUGGAUGCACUGCAGCCCACUUGAAUCCUGUUCCUCUAAAGAGAAGUGACAGCCUAGUGUCUGAAGCCUCAGGUUUGACCUACUGGAAGCUGGAUGAGAGCGAGCUGUACCGCCCUCUACCUGACAGCUUUGAAAGUAGUUCCCUCCUCUUAAUGCAGGAUGUGUCUCUGAGCCAGCCUCUAGCAGAUGAGGCCAGACUCUCUCUGUCUCUGAGAGAGAUCUACCAGAGCAAGCAAAAGGGAGACCCCAAGGGCCAGGAGUGGGACUCCUUAAUCAACUCUGAUGCAUCCUCGCCUCAGGUGCUGGCUCUGGACCCCACAGUGCAUGUAAGGCAGUCGGACCGUACAUCAGGCUUCACGUCGCCCUCGCACUUCAGCAGCCCGUCACUCAACGCCCAGCCACGACCGUAUACCAGCAUUUGUGCCCCCGUCAGCCCGGACUCCAUGGCCCCGCGCAGCCACAUGGACACUGACUGUCUGUCCAAUGCUAGCAGCCUUUCUGCCCAGCAAAGCCUGGUCCGCAGCCCUACCUCCCCCACCUUCCGCACCGUGCCCCGGGCUAACAGCGACGACGAGGGCAGCCACACAGCCACCGUGACACUGCGGCCCACAGGUCAGGCCAGAGUGGAACAGUCUCCAAGCCCCCGGAAACUGAAAUCAUCAACCUCUCUGGAUGACCCGGUGGUCCUCUCUUUGUUGAGACAGAACCUGAGGGAAAAGCAUGCACGGCACAUAGCAGACCUUCGAGCGUACUAUGAAGCGGAGAUUAGCACCUUGAAGGAGAAGUUGGACUUAGUUAAUUUGCCCCUGGACAUGGAGAAAAGCAACCAGAUUCUGCUAGAAAGGUGCGAGCACCUGGAAAGAGCCCUUACAGAGGCGAGUGUGCGGAUCAGAGAGUUGGAAACAAGAAACCAACACCUGGAGAGACAGCUGGUGGAGUGGCCUGAGCGGUAUGAUGCAGCCAGUUCCAUGGUUCAGGCUCUGCAACAGCGCCUGGAGGAGACUAAGCAGAGUGGCAGGGAGAAAGACAACACUGUGACCAAACUGAGAAGCCGCCUGCGGCACCUGGAGGAAGCCGUGCAGAACGCCUGCAAGGAGGUGGACGAGAAAGAAGCCUGCAUGAACAAAGAACACAAGAUGCUCCAAGAUCUGCUUCAGGAAUAUGACUACUUAAGAAAUGAUCAUGAGGCAGUGAAGAACAAUUUGGUUUCAACUGAGAAUAAACUCUUUGAUGCUAAUGAGCAAAUAUCGGAACUGAAAAGGGUAAUCUCCAAGCUGGAAGCACAAGUUAAACAGCUGGAACAUGAGAACAUGGCCAGAACUCGCCAGGCUUUACACAGUCACUCACAGCCUUCUGGAGCAGGUUUAUUUCACCAUCCUGAUCUUCUACUUUCACCGGGCAAAAGGCAGCGUGAUGCAGAAUGCAGCACAAAGAAUGGAGUAUCUGACAAAGGAGGACUACAUGGAAGACCGCGCCUGUCUCCCCCAGAGAGAGAGCAACUCCAAGAGCAGCCCACAGCCAAGGAGCUGAAGAAGAGGGAUGUUCCACUGACACCGAUGAUGAAGGCUCUGAUUCAGAUGGAGGAGACCAAAGCCACUGAGGGACGGGCUCUGUCAAAGACUAGCUAUUCCAGAUUAGGAAGGAGAAGACCCACAGUGGCUUUUCUAGACAGUGUAAGAGAGCCUUUGCUGGAGAGGGGUAGUGCUGUGCUUCGGGCUCAGAGAAGCCUUUCUCCAGAGGGUCACCGCUCCUCAUCCCUACCCCCCAGAGCACAGAGGGCAGGCCCUCCCUCUACACCAACUAAGAGAGAAACUCUGAUUCAGCCACUCUCAGCCAAGUCCAGUCCCAAACGCUGCCCAACAGAAAACUGUUCUACUGCAUUUGAUCGUCCAUUGCCUUGCCAACAGCACAUGCAUAACAGGUUUGAUUUGCACUUUGAUCAAAGGGGUUUCAGCUCAUCGCUGCCAUCUCAGCCCAGCUCAAGAACAAGAUUGCAGUUCAUGCAAACAGAGAAGCCACAAGUUGAUACCCAGCCCAGGACAGGGUCAGCAGAUCCAGCAGACAGCAGUGAGACAGAGGAGAAUGCCACUUCGUCGGGCUUGGAGGAGCAGGAGGCUGCAGACUCUGCCCUGCUGCUCCACGACCCUGAUGAUGAUGGCAGCCUCUCCUAUCAGACUCAGAUUCAUUCACUAGCGGAUGCUGAAAAGCUGUUUGAUGAGCUCACGCUGGAGAAACAGCAGAUUGAGGCAGCACUGAGUCGGAUUCCGGGGGCUGGGGCCAGGGUCACCUUGCAGACAAGGCUAGACGAGGUGACAUUAGAAAAUCGAUUGGAGAAAGUGAACCGUGACUUGGGAUCCAUCCGCAUGACUCUGAAACGAUUCAACAUCCUUCGCUCCUCUUCCAACAUAUAGCAGCAAUCCUUUUUUCCUGUUCUGAGGAUUGGGAUGUUUUUCUUUUGAGUCUGAUACAGGGCAGUCUUUUCCCCUCCACUGUACAUAAUCUAGUGUGUACAUGUUCAAUAUUUCUACUUUUGUUAUUGUAGGAUAUUUUUUAUAUGUUUUACUACAUGGUAAAAAAUCUCACAUUUUUAAAGUAUAUAUUUUAAUAAUACCCAGAUUUGUAAAAAAAGAAAUGUACUUUUUUAUAUCAUGAAAAUAUGAAAAUUGUAUGCUUGACUCAUUCAGGUUUUUUUCCCCUCUUUCUUUUCAUUGUGCUGCUGAUACAAUGAAUGACAAUGUAGUCCAGAAGGGCAAAUCAUUUUCACUCUGUCUUAACUUGUU